GUUUAUACUAAAGGCGUAAUUGCGAAUCACUUUCGCUCUGGACAUAGUAUUUUAGCAAUCCAGUCGGACUCCAUUAACUAACAUGGAUAAAUUAUCAUUGAGGCACGAUGAAAUCCAAAAGUUUCUCUCUGAUUGCCAACUUGACAAUUUCGACAAUCCACGUACGAUGUUGAUCAGUUAUUCUAAACUGAACCUAUUUAGCGAAGAAGUUCUCGAUAGUUGGAAUUCAAGUGGCCCAAAUUUUAAAAGUUAUCACUCUAGAACAUUCAAGUUACUGCUUCAGCUUUUGAAUACUUUACGUGACCAGGCUGCUCGAAUACAAAUCUGUUCACAGUUCAUUAGAAAAGAGAAGUUUUACCUGAUGAAAUUAGUUUGUCAUGUGGAUGUAUCGACGCAGAUAUUAAAGAUAGGUAGCCCCAUCAAAGCGACCUUUCGAUGUCUCUAUGUGGAUGACGUAAAUAUUUCAGAACCCAAUGUCCAUUGCUGCGUUGUAUCUGACAAACAAAUAUCAAUACUUCAGGGGCACUCUGAUGCACCGGAAAUUAAUGGGAAUUUGUGUGUAAUUGGAACAGAAAAAUUAAAGUAUGAAGAUGGCAAACGCUGUGCCACAUUUAAUGAGUUGACAAUCGAUAGAAUACAUCAGUUUUAUACACAUUCAGCAAAUAGUUUUGAAGGAAAAUGUGCUUUGUUCUUUUACACCACACUUUCGAUCAACAAUCAAGAAGUAGACGUUUGGACACUGUCCCAUCCGAUGGUUCAGAUUUCACACGCCAGUCAAGAGCGGGUUGCUGAGGGUUCAAUCUUUUGGGUAAAUUACUUUUCAAGACAAGAGAAUACAGUUGAAUGCACGGGAUUGACACUGGCUUUGGUUCACGAAUUUAAUAAGAGGGUGAUUAAUAGGCCGAUGAGUGAUUUGAAUAUUAAAUACAUUUAUGAAAAUCUUCUAGCUUUAGCAGAAAAUGAAUUCAUUACAUCGCAAAUUUUUUUGAAAAGAGUUUGGAAACUAAAUUAUUCUUUUUGGGAAUGGUUUUACAACCUUAUGAAGUUAUUGGGGCCCAGAGCAAAGAAUGGUGGUGACGAUGUCACAGAUACCUCAGUACAUGCUAUAUGGGAAGCUGGUCUCAUUUCUGGAUUCAUUAGUAAUGAAAAGGCUGCGGGUCUUCUUAAGGAUCAACAAGCUGGUACUUUUUUAAUUCGUUUCUCAGACGCAAACUUACGCGCCAUACAAAUAACCAAAAUGACGCCAAAUGGAGUGGUGGAUAGCCAUGAAGUAUUGCAUUCAGAUCUUAGAGAUCAAGGCUUAGCCCGUUGCAUCUACUAUAUAGAUGGUGCAGAGUAUUUGCUUUCCACAUUUUUAGAGGAUGUGAGAAAUCGGGAUGAAGCAUUAAGUCCAUUCAUUAGUAACUAAGACACACAUUCGCAAAACAUUUGUAGUAAACCUUCCAAAGCUUUAAUAACAUAAAUAAAUGU